AUGAUGCGCUACGUGCUGUGUAUCCUCGCUCUCCUGCUCUCCUGUGCGUGUGUGCACGUCCUCGCUGAAGAAGUGCCUGCCGCCGAUCUUUCCGACCAAGUCCCUGACACGGAGAGUGAGACAAAGAUUCUUCUUCAAGGUACUCCUGUUCCGUGCCCUGCUGAUGGUGAUGCUGAGAAAUGUAAUCCUCCUGUUGGUCAAGGUCCUGAUGGCAAUUGCUCUGAAGGUGGUAAACUUUGUUCUGAGACUGCUGGUGGUCUUCCUGAGUGCACUAAUGGUACUCUUAAAGAUGGUAAAUGUAUUCCUUCUGCUGAGAAACCUGAACCUAGACUUGAAAUAGGAUCUGAAGCUUUAUCUGAAGCUCUUGAACCUGGUGCUAAUUGUCCUGAAGCUACUUCUGGAGAAGGUAAUACUUGUCCAAAGGAGCCGAAAACACAUGUUACAUCAAACGAUCGGAAUAGCGAAGUGCCAGCUAAUGCUGCUGCGGAACGUGGUGUUUCCAGUGCAUUGAGCACAGUUGGCAGUGGACUGGGUUCUGGUGCUAAUAAUGGUGGUGGUUCGGGCCCUUCUUCUACUCAACCUACUAUAUCUCCUCCAUCUGCACCUAUUACCGUGACGACUAGGGAUGCAUCUUCAACUGUCCCUCAAGCUGAACAAAGCAGCGGCAGUACAACAGAAGUGAGUGGAGUUAACCAGGGAGGUGAUGCCGCACACAAUGCACCGUCUUCGAACAAUUCAGACACCGAGAGUGACAGUAAAACAGGUACUGGGAGUGAUACUACAGCGGCUGAGAAUGUCAGUAAACCUGCAGAGAGUGAAUCACCAAAUAACCAAGAAGGUGAUGUUGGUAAUACAGAUACAACAACACCCACCACCACCACCACCACAACAACAACAACAACAACACUUCCUCCUGAACUCACAAACAACAAGAAGGGUGAUGCAGACAGCAGCAGCAGUAUCAGCAGUUCUGUGUGGGUGCGUGUACCACUACUGAUUGUGGUUACACUGGCCUGUAUUCUUGUGUGCUGA